AAACAACAGAAGGAACAAGUGGAGCAUCAGCUGGAAGAAGAAAAGAAAGCAAACAAUGAAAUACACAAAGCACAAACAGAGCAGUUAGAGACAAUCAACAUCCUCACGCUGGAAAAGGCAGACUUGAAGACCACCCUUUACCAUACUAAACGUGCCGCCAGACACUUUGAAGAAGAGUCCAAGGAUCUUGCUGGCCGCCUGCAAUACUCCUUACAGCGCUUUCAAGAAUUGGAGCGGGCUCUCUCUGCUGCGUCUACACAGCAGCAGGAAGAGGACAGGUCCUUGAGCCGCAGUGAAGCAGUCCUCCAGCGGCAGUUACAGCAGACCAGAAAGGAGCGGGCGCUGCUGAACACACACGUGACACAAGUGACAGAGUCACUAAAACAAGUCCAGCUAGAGAGAGAUGAAUAUGCUCAACAUAUAAAAGGAGAGAGGGCCUGGUGGCAGGAGAGGAUGCGGAAAAUGUCGAUGGAGGCUCACGCAUUGAGGGAGGAGAAGAAGCAUCACAUACAUCGGAUACAGGAGCUGGAGAGGAGCUUGUCCGAAAUCAAACACCAGAUGGCUGAGCCCCCAUCCCCGGUGGACCCAGCAGGGACAUCUGAGGUGGAACAGCUACAAGAUGAGGCCAAACACCUGAGGACGGAGGUGGAAAGUCUGGAGGGAAAGCUCCAAUUCCAUGAAAACAAUCAGGCCUUGAGUCUCCUGAGCAAGGAACAAAAGGAAAGGCUCCAAAAGCAGGAGGAGAGGCUCCAAGAGAAGGAAGAGAGGAGGUUGCAGGAGGAGGAGAGACUAUGUGAGCAAAAGGAGAGGCUUCGGGAGAAGCAGAAGAGGCUGGGGGAGCAGGGUGAGAGGCUGCGAAAGCAGGAGGACAGGCUACAAAAGCAGGAGGAGAGGCUGCGAAAGGAGGAGGAGAGGCUGCAAAAGCAGGAGGAGAGGCUACAAAAGGAGGAGGAGAGACUGUGGGAGAAGGAGGAGAGGCUGCAAAAGCAGGAGGAGAGGCUCCCGCUCUCCCAGAACCACAAGUUCGACAAGCAACUGGCUGAGCCACAGUGUGACUUGGAGGAUCUGAACAACAAGAACAAGAGCGCACUGCUGUUGGAGCAGCAAGUAAAGGAGCUGCAGGAGAAACUGAGCGAGGUGAAUGAGAUG